GCUGAUACCCACGCGCAGUAAGCAAGAUCCCUCGCGCUCCCGACAACCGGUGGAAAAUGGCGAACUCACACACAAGCAGCAUCCACGUGCUCCUCCUUUCCUACCCGGCCCAGGGACACAUCAACCCACUCCUCCAGCUCGGCAAGAGGCUCGCCGCCCACCGCGGUGUGCGCUGCACCCUCGCCGUGACCCGGUACGUCCUCGGCCAGAGCAAGCCGCAGACUGGCGCGGUCCACGUCGCCGCCUACUCCGACGGCUGCGACACGGGCGGCUACGACGAGGCCGGCGAUGCGGAGGCGUACCUCUCGCGGCUCGAGUCUGCGGGCUCGGCGUCGCUGGACGAGCUCCUCCGCGCCGAGUCCGCUGGAGGCCGGCCCGUGCGCGCCGUGGUGUACGACUCGUUCCUGAUGUGGGUGCCGCGCAUGGCGCGCCGGCACGGCGCGGCGUGCGCGGUCUUCUUCACGCAGGCGUGCGUGGUGAACGUGGCGUACGCCCACGCGUGGGCCGGCCAGAUGGACCUGCCGGUGGCGCCGGGCAAGGCGCUGCCGGAGCUGCCCGGCCUGCCGGCGGGGCUCGGACCGGCUGACUUCCCGACGUUCCUCACGGAGCCCGACGGCGGCUGCCUCGCCUACCUUGACCUGGUGCUGCAGCAGUGCCAGGGGUUUGAGGUGGCAGACCACGUCCUCGUCAACUCGUUCUACGAGCUGGAGAUCAAGGAAGCUGAGUACAUGGCAUCGCGAUGGGGUGCCAAGACGGUCGGGCCAACCGUGCCGUCGGCGUACCUCGACAACCGCCUGACGGACGACGUGUCUUACGGGUUCCACCUCCACACUCCGAUGACGGAGGAAAGCAAGGCCUGGCUCGACGCGAGGCUGCCGCGAUCCGUCGUGUACGUCUCCUUCGGUAGCCUCGCCGCGCCCAGCGCAGGCCAGAUGGCCGAGGUGGCGGAGGGGCUCGACAACAGUGGCAAGGAUUUCCUUUGGGUUGUCAGGGCCUCGGAGACUUCCAAGAUACCUGGCGGUUUCGUUGACAAGGUGAAGGGGAGGGGCCUCCUCGUGACAUGGAGCCCGCAGUUGGAGGUCCUCGCGCACCCUGCGGUUGGAUGCUUCGUGACGCACUGCGGGUGGAACUCGACUAUGGAAGCGCUAGGCAUUGGUGUGCCGAUGGUGGCAAUGCCACAAUGGUCGGAUCAGCCAACAAACGCCAAGUACAUCGAGCAUGUUUGGCAAGUCGGAGUGAAGCUGCAACCUGACGCGGAAGGUGUUGUGACGAAGGAGGAGGUGGAGAGGUGUGUGAGGCAGGUGAUGGAAGGAGAAAGGAGCGAUGAAUACAAGAAGAAUGCUGCAGGGUGGAGCGAGAAGGCGCAAAAAGCCAUGAGUGAAGGUGGCAGCUCAGACAGCAACAUCGUGGAGUUCCUCAGCAAGAUCCGAUUCAAGUGAUUAUGGCAGCAGUACAUAAACAUAUGGAGAAAUAGAAGAUCCUCAUAGCUGUGGAGUCUGAUAUGGCCAGCUACACUUACACAUUGUUCCAUGCAAUAAAUCCAUAAUUUGCCACUCCAUCGAUCUGCUCAAACUGCUUUUUCUUGAGAGAUCAACUUAAUAAAAUGUUCCAUUGCCACAUUUA